UCAACGUCUGAUGCUCCUCGAUACUGCAGUGUUCUCUCUCUUUCAUCGGUCAUUGCAUUCUCUCUCUACUGCAAUCUGGUCGAGCUUGGUGGGGUGGUCUAAUAAAGAAAAGAAAGAACCCCCUUUCUCUCUCCUUAAACGUCAGUACGGAAAGCGAUUGCCCACAAAGAAGGUUGAGUUUAGCUGCGAGAAUCAGUCAAGCGUAGCCACUCCAAGACUUGCUCUUCUCAAUCCGCCCCUCCCGCUUCCUGUUUUUAUCCCCUCAUGGAAGUUUCGGAAAAGGAAGAGUGGACUUAGCUGGGUUGAUCAUUUGUUUGGCGAUUUGACAGGCGCUGAUUGCGAGCUGGAAUUGAGCUUUGUUUUUGCCUUCUUUGGGCGGUCCAUAGAUUUGGGUAUGGAGUAAGGAUGGGGUUGGGCAAUGGGUCUAGGGUUUGAUGAGUUGGACUUGAAGUGGAUAUAAUUGUAAGUAUGGUUUGAUCAAGUACGGAGCAUAAACUAAUGAACGCUGACAGACAAUAAAUAUACUAUAGAGAUAAAAAAAAUAUGAAGCUUUCAACACCAGGGACGGGUCAGCAAGCUCAUGAAGGAGAUAAUAUGUGCUCCAAUUCAGAGCUAUGGCAUGCCUGUGCUGGUCCUCUUGUGUGUCUUCCGGUACUUGGGAGCCGUGUGGUUUACUUUCCACAGGGUCAUAGUGAACAGGUUGUGGCCACAACUAACAAAGAAGUUGUCGAUGCUCAUAUACCAAACUAUCCCAACCUUUCUCCUCAGUUAAUCUGCCAGCUCCAUAAUGUCACUAUGCAUGCAGACGUUGAAACAGAUGAAGUGUAUGCUCAAAUGACAUUGCAGCCACUAACUCAACAAGAACAAAAAGAUACUUCAUACCUUUCUGUUGAGUUGGGGAUGUCAAGCAGGCAACCUACUAAUUACUUCUGCAAGACACUGACAGCAAGCGACACUAGCACACAUGGUGGCUUCUCAGUCCCCCGCCGAGCUGCGGAAAAAGUUUUUCCGCCCCUGGAUUUCACACAGACUCCACCUGCCCAAGAACUCAUUGCAAGGGAUCUACACAACGUUGAUUGGAAGUUCAGGCAUAUUUUCCGAGGGCAGCCAAAGCGACAUCUUCUUACUACUGGAUGGAGCGUGUUUGUGAGCUCCAAAAGGCUUGUUGCUGGAGAUUCGGUUCUUUUCAUCUGGAAUGAGAAAAAUCAGCUGCAUUUGGGCAUUCGCCGUGCAAUCAGACCACAAGCUAUCAUGCCAUCAUCUGUUUUGUCAAGUGACAGUAUGCACAUUGGACUGCUUGCAGCUGCUGCCCAUGCUGCUGCUACUAAUAGCUGUUUCACUGUUUUCUAUAAUCCGAGGGCUAGCCCAUCUGAAUUUGUCAUACCUCUCUCGAAAUACAUCAAAGCUGUGUGCCACACCAAUGUUUCUGUAGGCAUGCGUUUCCGGAUGCUAUUUGAAACGGAAGAAUCAAGCGUCCGUAGAUACAUGGGAACUAUUACUGGCAUUGGCGACUUGGAUGCAGCUCGUUGGUCAAAAUCACACUGGCGAUCUGUCAAGGUGGGUUGGGAUGAGUCAACUGCAGGUGAAAGGCAACCAAGAGUGUCAUUAUGGGAGAUUGAGCCCUUAACUACUUUUCCCAUGUACCCAUCGUUAUUUUCCCUUAGGCAAAAACGGCCCUGGUAUCCGGGAGUCUCCUCUUAUCCAGAUGGCAAUAAUGACGCGAAUAAUGGAAUGACAUGGCUGAGAGGAGGGGGAACUGGUGGUGAGACAGGACACCGGGCUUUUAACCUUCAGUCUGCUGGUAUGCUUCCUUGGAUGCCACAGAGAGUUGAUCCGACGAUGCUCCAGAAUGAUAUUAAUCAGCAGUAUCAAGCUAUACUAGCUGCAGGAUUGCAAAACCUUGGGAGUGAAGAUUUGCUGAAACACCAACUUAUGCAAUUUCAGCAGCAGCAAUUGAUCCAACAAUGUCUGCUGUCCUCUCAAAUGAGAAUGGCAUCAGAUGGCCUACAACAAAGGCAACCACAACAACAGACCAGUAAUCAGACGGAGCAGCUUGCGUACCCGGAAGAUUUCCCUAACAGGACUGACCAUCACCUUCAACAGAGACCAUUUUCAAAUUUUGUUCCACCAGUACAAUCACCUUCAAGACAGAUUAACACUUCUCCAUCAUUCUCUAGACAAGAUCAUGUAGAAAGUAACUCAAGAUUUGUGCCAUCAGGUUCUUUAUUCCCUGAAGGGAGUGAUAAUCUUUCAAGUCUCACCAGAACUGGCCAGACUAUGGUUAAUCAACAGCCACCUGAGAGAUCCUGGAUGCUCAAAGCUCAUGGACAGGAUAUGACUGUUCAGCAAGAGAGCGAUGGUUUUGAUGCCAGGAAUCAAGUUACUUUUGGUGGUGCUAAUGGUGUAGACUCUCUUGGUCUUUUCCUCCCCACCACUUUGUCAAGUACUACUAUUGCUUCAGUUGAUGAUGGAGAUGGAGAUGCUGACAUGUCCUCGGGGACAUUAGGGGCUUCUGGCUUUCAGAGUUCUCUAUAUGAGUACAUGCAAGACUCAUCCGAGAUGAUGCAGAGUGGGGGACAAGUUGACCCACCAACCCCAACUAGUGCAUUUGUAAAGGUUUACAAAUCGGGAUCUGUUGGGAGGUCAUUGGACAUGACCCGGUUCAACAGCUAUCAAGAACUAAGACAAGAACUGGGUCAGAUGUAUGGAAUUGAAGGGUUGCUUGACAACCCUCAAAGAUCAGGCUGGCAGCUUGUAUUCGUCGACAGGGAGAAUGAUAUACUUCUUCUUGGAGAUGACCCAUGGGAUGCUUUCGUGAAUAAUGUCUGGUACAUCAAAAUCCUUUCUCCUGAAGAUGUGAAAACAAUGGGAAAGCAAGAGUGCGAGUCCCUUGGUCACAAUAUGGGGGAAAGAAUGAAUGCCAACAGUGCUGACGGUGGACGAGACUUUCUCUCUGGACUUCCAUCUCUAGGAUCACUUGAGUACUGAUUUGUGCAGCAUAUGGAUGGAAUCUUCUAAGGAUUUGUGUGUGAGCUCCAAAAUUCUCCAAGACAUCUCAGAUUUUCCCUGCGUUAUAUAGACGCCUUUAGCAUUGUUCUGCUAAGUCUCCCAUUGUAUUAUGUAGUGUUUCUUUUGAAACGUGAUGGCAGUUAAGAAGCUAAAAUCUCUAUUCCUGAGUUGAAGUCUUUGUUGAAGUCUUGGUGUUGUGUUUAAAAAAUCUUAUAUUCAUGGUGGAUUGCUUAUGUAGUGAUGGUUGCAGUUAUUUUAUUAUAAUUAGUACUCCCUCUGUCCCCGAAAGAAGUUCCACAUUUGACUUUCACACACUUUUAUGCAAGUAAAUUUUACUGUUUUGACAUUGUUUCGAC